CCCCUCCGGGCGCGACAAUGGCGGGCGGGAGUUGGAGGGGCCGCGGAGGGCCGGGCCUCCGCCCCAAGCCUUGCCCCGCGGGGCGGCCCUGGGCCUCCCUGACGCCGGGCUGCAGGACUGGCUCUGAGGACUGGGUUUUGGUGUCUCUUCGUAACGUUUUACUGUUGUUGUUGUUUGUUUGUUUGUUUGUUGUUUUUUUAAUGUUUUUGACAUGGUGGUUAUAAGGUUCGUAGAAACCAGGGGUAAUGGUUUCUGCGGAGGCGGCCUCGUGACUUCUUGGAGCUAGUUGGAGAAAGCCCGUCGAGGAGAGCCCACCCCAAAGCGGCUCUUUCUUAAUUUAACUACUGGGGAGAUGACAGGGUUAUUGUUUUGUUUGUUUGUUUUUAAAGAUUUUAUUUGCUUAUUCAUGAAAGCUACAUCAGAGAGAGGCGGAGAAGCAGGCUCCAUGCAGGGAGCUGAUGCGGGGCUCGAUCCUGGAACCCUGGGAUCACGCCCUGAGCCGAAGGCAGACGCCCAGCCACUGAGCCACACAGGAGAAAAAGAGUCUCAAGUGGACAUGCAAAGCUUGUGGAGAGAAGCAGUCAUUUUUGCAGUGAUUUCCUUGAAGUUAAGUUGCUAUUUCAAAGGAUGUCUUUUAACGAAGAUUCUUUUGAUUGCAAGUAGAAAAAAGACACUUCAGAACGGUUUCAGAAAAAAAAAAAGUACUGGCAAGACUUAUGGUGAGGGCUCUGGUGCUGACUGUAGAUGCCAUGUCCAAAAAUUAAAUCUGCUGCAAGGACAGAUUUCAGAGAUACCACUCAGGUUUCUGGAAGAGCCUGUAAAUGUUGAUGAGGAAAAUGCAGGAAAUGCUCGGCCUGGGAAUGCCGAGCAUGAGAGUGUGCAGGAAAAACCUCAGUCCUCAGAGAACCGCUGGCUGAAGUAUCUGGAAAGAGACUCAAAAGAACUGGGAAUGGAAAAAGGAGUGUGUUUCAAGAGACAGUCUUUGCCUGGGACAGAGACACCAGACCCUCCCUUCAACACAGGCCUGCCUAGAAAAAGGAAAUGGAGCCAGAGCACAGUCCAGCCUUCACACAGCCCAGAUGUCCAGAACGUGAGUGACUCUGAGGUUACCUUGGAGCCCCAGAAGGACCAUGCUGGCCUGGCAGGGAAGGUCAGAGAAGAUGGCAGUCACCAGAACAGGGGCACCAGGGAGCUUGCUGUUCUUCAGGGGGGUCCUCCACGUCCAGCCCCACAGGUCAGGGCCGUAUCUUCCAAGUCCGAACAAUUUCUUCUGCCGCCUGGAAAUGGCCCCCAUGUGGACACAGGGCUCCCAGGAACCCUGCCAAAAAACCCUAGGCCAGCCAGGGCAGCACUGGCUGAGCAGGGGACCCUCUGGGCCCAGACCGUGAGCAAAGGGUGCCCCGGCAGGCCCUGCAGUACACCCAAGCUUCCCUGGGAACCCCCCACACUCCUGUCCAGGUCACAGAGGCCCUGCCUAAAGACCCCCAAACAGCCCUGGGACACUGGUCCUCUGGCAAAGGGUAGACCCUUGGUCACAGGAGGGCAGGAGCCCCCACUUGUGCAGCUGUGUGACCUCUUUAAAACUGGUGAGGACUUUGAGGAUGACCUGUGAGCUGGAAUAAGAAUGUUACCAACAUGGGCACAAGUUACAUGAGCCCUGCUCCACUAGGCACCUCGGCCACUGAAAAGGGGCUCCCGGAUUAGCUUUUAAAUGGGACUGGGGGUGGGGGGCACCUGGAUGGCUCAGGAGGUUAAGCAUCUGCAUCACAAUCCUGGGGUCCUGGGAUCAGCCAAUGGAAGAGGGCUCCCUGCUUUUCCCUCUGCCCCCACCCCCCCCCUUCCCCCUGCUCAUGCUCU